AUGUUUGAACCAAACCAUUACGGUAGCUUCAAGGAGCAGAUGCAGAGGUUCCGCGCGUCGGACGAAGCGAGAGAGCAGUUUGUUAGCGAGCUUGUAGCCAAAUACGAGGCUUUGUCCGAUCAAUAUUCCGAAUUGAAGAGUGACUACUUGAGUGAAAGAGAUAACCGAAGAAACUAUCAAAAAACGCUUGAAGAGAAAUUGGCCUUGGUGGCCGACUGCGAACGUCAGCUGGAUGCGGGUUCCUUUGUAUUGGCACUUAUUGAUGGAGACGGGGCUAUUUUUCAAAAUGCACUACUCCAAGCUGCUGAUGGUGAUGGCGGCUCCGAAGCCGCCUCUCGCUUGUAUCAUGCGAUUUGCGAUCACAUUGCCUCGCUAUACAACAACUCAAGCAACUGGGCUGUUGUGGUCAAGAUUUAUCUAAGUCUCGAUAAACUCGCAAUCAAGUUGGCCACGGUCGGUCUUUUACGUUCUCCCUCGGAUUUACGAAGUUUUGUCCAGCACUUCAAUGUAAAUCAGCCUUUGUUUAAUAUCGUCGACGUUGGUCACGGCAAGGAAAGAGCCGACCACAAGAUUAAGGGUAUCAUUGGUCAUACUCCUGCUACACGCACUCGCUUCGAUAACGUCUUUAGAGCGGAGCAAUUGCCUGAAAAUCCGCGGGGCAUCAAUAGUGUUAGUCAGGCACCGUCACAGCCUCCAGCACAGCCCGUUGUUCGUCCAAUUACUAUCAACCCCAGUAAUUCGCCUUCUGUUACUUCAAGAACAUCUGUGGCUUCACCUGUUCCUAGCGUAGCCUCAACAUCGAUUGUGGAGCCUAACGAUUCAAAUGGAGAACCAUCUUGGGCCACUGUGGGCAAGACUGAUGCUCCCUCAAGGGGCAGUGUCUCGAUCGCGCCUAAUACUAAGAAGAACACUAAGAAGAAAUAUGCUUAUUACAACAAAGCGGAGCAAAGAUUGGACGAGGCGCUUCCUCCAAAAGAUGCCGCUGCCAUCGUUUCGCUCGAUGCGCGUAUGAAGAAGCUGCGCAAGAAUUUGUGUAACAACUGGCAUCUCCAUGGGAAGUGUGAAAAUGGAAAGUUUUGCCAUUUCCAGCACGAAACAAAGUUACCGGCGGCUGAGUUGAAUGUUUUGCGUCAUAAAGCACGUACCUUGCCUUGCAAGAACAGAUAUUGCGAAGACAUUGACUGUUAUCUGGGACACCAGUGUCCUCAGGAACGCGAAACAGGGUACUGCUCGUUUGGAGACAAAUGUCACUUCCGCUUCACGCACGGUAUGGACAAGGUCAAAUAUGUUAGAGUUGACAGAGAGGGCAAUGAAGACUACGCUCCUUAG